CUGUUUAUUUCAUUCUCACUCUGCCUUUCAGGAUGGCUACAGCUAGUCUGGAUAAAGUGUUAAGCUGCUCUAUUUGUCUGAGCAUUUACACAAAUCCUGUAACGCUUACUUGUGGGCAUAACUUCUGCCAGGAGUGUAUUUCUAGCUUGUUUAACCGCCAGCAAGAAGCAGGAAUUUAUAUUUGUCCAGAAUGCAGAUCAGAGUUCAGGAAUCGUCCAUGCCUGCAGAAAAAUCUGAAGCUGCAAAAUAUAAUUGAACAUUAUCAAUCCUGUCUGCCAAAAGUUAUGAGUGCAGAAGUGUUGUGUACCUAUUGCGUCAUGUCUCCUGUACCUGCUGUAAAAACAUGUCUACGCUGUGAAGCUUCUUUAUGUGAGCUCCAUUUGAGGAACCACAGCAAGUCAGCAAACCAUAUUUUAACUGAACCCACUGCUAAUGUAGAGGACAGAAUGUGCUUCAUUCACAAUGAUCUGGUAAAGUAUUUUUGCUUCCAGGAUUCAUCCAUUAUAUGUAUGAAAUGCAGAGAGGGAUCGGAGCACAGGGGACAUCAUGUGGAAUUGCUAAGCAAUGCAUUUGGCAAGAAGAAUGCACAGUGCCAUGAUUUGUUGAGGAAACUGAAAUUAAAGAAAGCGCAGACCGAUAAACAACUUAAGGAACUACAGGUACAUAAAACUGAAGUGCAAGCAAAGGCAAAUUACUUCAAAGGUAACGUUACAGCCUUUUUUGGGGAUUUACGGGAGGUGCUGCUAGCCCGGGAACAAGACAUUUUAAGAGAUAUCACCAGACAAGAAGAGCAGGUUUUAUUCCCUCUCGCAGAUCUGAUCCGUAAACUGGAAUUAGAAACAAAUGACCUGCAAAUGAAGAUACAUCAAGCUGGGGGGCUGUGUUCUAUUACAGACCCAGUAACUUUUCUAAAACAAAUUUGCAUUGCUACUGAUAUUGAAAAUGUAUGUGAUGCACAACUGGAAACCGCUCAUGACAAUAAUCUGGAUGAGGUCAUCAUUGAGGUCUCUUUGCAGAAUGCACUGCACAAGCUAUGUGCCAUUUAUCCAGAACUGAUGGUAAAGAGGGGAUUUAUUAUAAAAGACGCCUCAAAUAUGAUACUGAAUGUAAACACAGCAAACAUUAAUAUUGAAUUAUCACAUGACUUAAAAAAUGCCUCUCACACUGAUAUAGAAAAGUCCCGGCCCCAUCAUCCAGAGAGGUUUACAACAACUCAAGUUUUUACCACUAAUAGAUUUACAACAGGUAAACAUUACUGGGAAGUGCAAACUAGUAGUGAAGGGGACUGGUGUGUAGGAGUGACUUAUAACACAGUAAAGAGAAAAGGAGAUUUAUCAUUAAUCGGAAGAAACUGGAAGUCCUGGUGCUUAAGUUGGAUUGAAGGUGAACUUAUAGCAGAACACGACAACGAUGAGGAAGAUAUUGAUUCAUAUACUGGAUCAAAUCUUGGAGUUUACCUGGAUUAUGAGGGUGGGCUUCUGUCUUUUUAUGAAUUGUCUAAACCAAUGAGACACUUACACACGUUCACUGCUGAAUUCACAGAGCCACUGUUCGCUGCCUUCUAUUUAGAUAAUGGUGCCUGGAUUACAAUUGGAGAUUAAACUUUCAUGGUUAGAUAGAGCCUACAAUUUUAAAGACUUUCCAGUGUACUUCUAUCAUCUAAUGUCCUUAGUUCUUUUUUUCUACUUUGUUGAAAAGCAUACCUAGGUAGGAUGAAGAGCAUCAAGGUACUACUGAGAAGUAGGUGCUGAUUAGUGGCUGCACAUAUAUGCUUCUCGUCAUUGGCUCACCAGAUGUGUUCAGCUAGCACUACUGUUCCUUUAACAAAGGAUACCAAGGGAAUGAAGAAAAUACAAAUAAAAUAAGUACUGUAAAUUAGAAAAUUGUUUAAAAUUGUAUUCUCUAUCUAAAUAUUGAAAGAAAAAUGUUGGGUUUCUUGUCCAUUUAAAGGGCCAUAAUACCCAAAUGUUUAAACACUUGAAAGUGAUGCAGUAUAGCUGUAAAAAGCUGACUAGAAAAUAUCACCUGAACAUCUCUAUGUAAAAAAGAAAGAUAUUUUACAUCAAAAGUUCCUCGGUAGCCACAUCCCAUUAUAAAGGAUUUAUAAGCAUAUUAUUUCCCUAUUCAGCUUACUAUGAAAUCUCAUGAGAGUUAAGUCAAAUCUCAUGAAAUCACAGUAAAAGAGUUCAUGACCUCAGCACUGCUGAUGCUGAUUGGCUGCUGUUCAUUUCUUCAUUAUUAUUUUUUUAGAGAUGCUCAGGUGAUAUUUUCCUGUCAGCUUUUUACAGUUAUACUGCAUCAGUUUCAAGUGAUUUAGCAUAUGAGUAUUAUGUCCCUUUAAGUAUUCUGAGUACUACUACUAUGCUUUGGAAAAUUAUAACCAGAAUUAUAAAAAGUAGCCAUAUUAUUAUCCUUUUGAUGCUAGAAAAAAACAUACUCUAUAUUUAGAGAGCAUUUUGUCAGUUGUUUUGCAAGAAAACAAACACAAAAAUAUGUCUGUCUGUCAUUAGGUCCUGUUUUAUUCACCUAGCACCACUUCAACUUUUAUAAGCUUUUAUAAAACAUCUAUUAGGGUUUCAUGAAAACAUAAAACAUUACAGACAUCUGCUAUGGAUGUCAAUUUAAAGGUUUAAGACAAAGUUAAAGGGACAUUAAACACUGAAUACAUUUACAUUUCAUGCAUCUCCCUCUAUUGAUGGGUGCCACUAUUUUGUAACCUAGGUUACACUGCAGGUAGGGAGAGUUGCUGCACAGGUACAAACAGGUCAGCAGUGGCAUGAAGUAAAAUCCAGAUUUCAAGAUGGCCGCACCCAUGACUAGAGGGAGGGGGGGGGGAACUUUAAUAAUACACUUAUACAAUGUAUUUAGUGUAUGUGUGUAGUUAUAAAAUAAUUUUCCUAUUUAUAUAUUGAGGUAGUCUGAAGUGUACAUGUGUUGUGAGCACUAUAUGUAUAUAAUAGUGCAAAUACUGCUGCCAUAUAGUGCUCUACACAAGUGCAUAGUCCGGAGACAUCCUCAGUUUGCACUCUUAGAAAAAAAUGACCAACAUAAAGAUAUCAAUAUACUUUAUAUCUGAACAAUGACAAUUUAAUAAGACUUCCAUGUCCCUUUAAGGCUGGUUAUUUUAUAAAAAAAAAGUAAUCCCCAAAUUGAUCAUGGUAUCUUUAUAUGAUUAUAGGCUCUUUAUUUUAGUAUUGUCUGCAUAUAUUUCUAAGCUAUCAGUAUGUUGAUUUUUCAUAAGCCUCCCAUAUUAACCCCUUCCUGUCAAAGAGGGUUGUAACCAAUGAUUAAUAAAGAGUAAUUAUUUUCACCCAAAUAUUAAAUAUGCUAAUGUGAAUAGAAAUACAAUUAUUUCUCUGAAUAAAAUCUGUAUUGUUAUUUUAAAUGCAUUAAAAGCAAUAAAUACAUUUCUGCUAUACAAAAUGUAUAAUAAUAAAUAUAUUUGUGAAAUAGAAUAUAAUAUAUGUUAAAUUAAAAACAUAAAAUGUUUAAAAAAAAGUUAUUUGCGUGUUUAUAUGUGUAGUGAUUUUAUACAAAACCAGAGAUCCUGUCUGAUAUUUUGUAUAAUAGUCCUGCUUACAGUACUUUAUCUGGCUCCUGUUGGCUCUACUUCGUCUUAAAGGAAAAAGCUAUUAAACAAGCAGGAGUCCAUGAUAUUGGCACAUCAUAUUGUUUUUUUAACAGAGCUUUAAAAAGCUGGGCAAUGUAUUUAUCUGUAUUACAAUAAAAAAGCACUUGCACUAACUGGCCAUUUAUCUCUUUUCCUUUGUAAAGGGAUACUAAACCCAAUUUUUUUAUUUAAUGAUUCAGAUAGAGGAUGCAAUUUUAAGCAACUUUCUAAUUUAUUCCUAUUAGUAGUAAAUUAGAAAGUUGCUUAAAAUGCAUGCUCUAUCUGAAUUAUUAAAGAAAAAAUGUGGGUUUAGUAUCCCUUUAAAUAGAGUCAUCUGGCAGGUUCAGCAUUGCUAUCAGAGAAAAGCCAAGUCAAACAUUUUACAGCUGUAUCUUUCAAAAACUAUAAACAGGAAGUCAAGUUCAACACACUGAUAUACCCACCAAAUGCAGAGGUUUCAGGGGCAAAUUGCCCACUUCAUUUGGUGAGGUAGGUUGCGUUAUCUAACUGAAAUAUAUGUACUAUAUAUGUUGUUUGAGCAAGUAUGCCACAGAGGCUGUAAGAUUUGUAUAAUAAAAAAAUAAAGUAA